GUUAGAUUAAAAGCCCUCCUCACCGAAAGGGACAUCUGUGAUUUUCUGCGGUAAUCCCCACAAAAAGUUAUGAUAUGAAUUAUAAUUAACGAAGCAGAUGAACGACAUGGCGCAUCCGCAAAUCCUAUGUUUGGAGUUAAACAAAUAAAAUUAAGCUCUUUUUCUGUUAUCCCUCAGAUUCUUCAAAAAGAUUUUGUUUGACUCAGUUUCAACCUAAAAUCUCGUUUUAUAUUUUCUUCUUUUAUCAUCUUCUUCAUCAAUCAAUUAUCUCCAACUAUAGCGUGUAACUUCAUUCGGCUUUGUCUUUGUUAGAAAAAAAAGAAAACCAUUGUCAAUGGCUUUUUCCUCUGGCAUUUAAAGUUAAACCCUAGGCUUUCAAAAAACGAGUGUUUCAGAUACUUAAGUCAAACUAUUUGGAUCUGUGGGUCGGUCACUGUUUCAAGAGCUAUAAUUUUUAACUUGUUUUUUUGUUGGGGAGUUAGAUUAGAUCUUCUUCGUCGCAUGUUUUUGUUUUGAUUUCAUCUAGCUUAUCACAAUGGCUGCUUCCUACCCAGGACCCGUUCAGGUUGGUUCAUACUUCGUGGGACAAUACUAUCAGGUGCUUCGGCAGCAACCUGAUCUAGUUCAUCAGUUUUACUCAGAUGCCAGUACCAUGAUUCGGGUCGACGGAGAUUCCUCCGAAUCUGCUUCUGCAAUGCUGCAAAUUCAUGCCUUGGUGAUGUCACUAAAUUUUACUGCAAUUGAGGUCAAGACGAUUAAUUCUCUGGAUUCUUGGAAUGGAGGUGUUCUGGUGAUGGUUUCUGGUUCUGUUAAAAUGAAGGAUUUCAAUGGCAGAAGGAAAUUUGUGCAAACCUUUUUUCUUGCCCCUCAAGAGAAGGGUUACUUUGUUCUCAAUGAUAUCUUUCAGUUUAUUGACGAUGGAAUGACUUAUCAACAUCCAGCGUCCACGUUACAAGAAAACAAGCUUGAUGCUCAACAAAAUGUGUUAAGCCCUGCUGCAGAGCCACCAGUUUCUGACUAUGUUUUGGAGGAAGAGGCCAGGGAGUAUGUCAACUCUGUUCAUAUAGAAGAUGAUCCAGUUGACAAGUAUAGUCUCCCAGAGCAACCACAACAAGAAGAUGUUGAAGCUGAAGUUGUGGUGGAGGAAGCUCCUGCAGAUGAAACUCUUGCUUCAUAUCACAGUGUGGUGAACGCUGUGCAAGAGCCCACAGCUAUGGCUUUGGAGGAACCUGUUGGGAAGCCUCCAAAGAGAACAUAUGCCUCUAUUUUGCGUGUUCCGAAGGAGCAAUCUGCUUCAUCCAUUCAAGUUCAAGCAUCUUAUAAUAAGAUUCCCCAGAGUACUUCAGAUUGGGAUCACACACCAGAGCCUACUAGUCAGCAGUCACGCCCUGCUUGGUCAGAUGUGCCUGAAUGUGCAGCAGAGACAGCAGUGGAGGAAGGCUUGGUCUUUGAGGAAGGUGAAUAUACCAGUGAAUACAAAUCUGUCUAUGUGAGAAACUUGCCCUCUACUAUUACUGCAACUGAAAUUGAGCAGGAGUUCAAGAAUUUUGGCAGAAUCAAGCCUGAUGGUGUGUUUAUCCGGAACCGCAAGGAUGUUGUGGGUGUUUGCUAUGCUUUUGUUGAGUUUGAAGACAUUUUUGCGGUUCAAAAUGCAAUCAAGGCAUCUCCUGUACAAUUGGCAGGAAGGCAAGUCUACAUAGAGGAGCGCAGACCAAAUAGCGGCAGUACACGAGGAGGAAGAAGGGGAAGAGGCAGAGGUAGUUAUCAACCUGAGGCCUCAAGAGGUCGCUUUGGUUCUCGGAGUUUGGGUAGGGGAAACAACCACGAAUCUGGCGACUACAGAUCAAUUGGCAAUGGUUUCUAUCAGCGAGGUUCUCGGUGAGAUAGUAUCUCGGGAAACUGAUUACAAUUUGGCUGCACUUUUCAACUGUUUGCACACUGCAGUUUUCUUGAAUCUUGGGGUGAUUGAGGAUUUACAGUUCUGAUUGAACGUUUCCCAUCAUUGACUUCAAAAAAUAUGCUUGUACUUUUUCAAGUGUGUUAUUCCACAUAAAUGGGGUGUUGAGGAACAUUUUUAUUGUUAUUUCCUUUGGUAGGAAUAUGUUUCUCCCCUUGGAUGCUU